AUGUCUUCUAACACACUUCAUCGCGUAUUUGAAGGCGAACUGUAUGAGAGUUGGUAUCCCAACUCCCAGCGUGUGAACGACCCGGAUGACGAGCCGCAGAGAUGGCGGGUUGUUUUUAUGUUCGAAAAGUCGGACGCCCGAUUAACUAAUAAUACCGACGAGGAUAUUCUCGAUGAGGCUGAGAUAGUUGUUGAGAAUUGGAUUGAGAAUUAUCGACUCAGAGAAAUUAGAGCACCGUUCUGCCGGCAGCAUAUUUUUGGUUCCUAG